GAAAAUAAGGAAUGAGCUGGAGGGAGCAUAUGAGGAAUCGGUGUGCAGAUAUACUGAUAUGGAUAUUGUUUAAGUGAAAAUCAAGAUCACGAAAUAUCUGUGACAAUCCUUUUCUUUGAUUUUGUUUUUGCUGAUUCCUUCCCUUAAAAAAACCACCCCACGCCAUCCUUUUAGUCCCAUAAUUACCUCUCUUCUUCUAUCUUCUUCUUCUUCUUUCUUUCCAUUACUUUUCCUUUAAAGUUUCAUUCUUGAUUCUUCUCUCUGCAUGUUAUUCUCCUGGGUAAAAGUGAAAUUUCUGCGGAUUAAUUAAGUGAAAGAAAUGGAGAGGUUUGCUUCUUCUGCUUCAUCGUUAUCAAUUUCAAGAGGAAUAAUUGCAAGUGAUGAACCCCAUGUGCUAGCUGUGGAUGACAAUCUUGUUGAUCGUAAACUUGUCGAGAAGUUACUCAAGAAAUCCUCUUGCAAAGUAACUACUGCAGAAGAUGGUCUGAGGGCUUUGGAGUACUUGGGUUUGGGAGCACAUCAUGACAGCUCUACAAAUUGCAAUGGUUCGAAAGUUAAUAUGAUAAUAACAGAUUAUUGCAUGCCAGGAAUGACAGGUUAUGAACUGCUUAAGAAAAUCAAGGAAUCAUCGAUCAUGAAGGAUGUGCCGGUUGUGAUAAUGUCAUCCGAGAAUAUCCCAACUCGAAUUAAUCAAUGCAUGGAAGAAGGAGCUCAGAUUUUCAUGCUGAAGCCUCUGAAGCACUCCGAUGUCGAAAGGCUGAGAUGUCAAAUAAUGCAAUGCUGAUGCAUAGAGUGACUCUUUUGAUCAUCUGUCAUCUUCUAUUACCAUGUAUAAGAGUGAUUACGAGAUUCUAAAGACUCGUGAAUUCAAUUGUAUAUCUCUGGAGCUUUAGAAAUUCCUGCUUUCAUUAAGGCAUCAUCUUUUUUUUUCCAAUCAUUUUACAAUAGCUUAGUAUGACUUUUCAUCCUCUACACUGGACUUAUGUUACAUACACAUCAACAUUGUAAAGUUUUUUUCUUUUACAUAAUCAAUGUUGUUUAACUAUUUUAAAACUACGGUCAAUGCUUUGUCUGGAUUUCAUUACCACUUUCUUUUCAUCUAUUUUGCUCUUCUCUGUCUCAUCCCAAGAAGGAGCGUACCUUUUGUGUCAGAGCUUGUAAUUUGUGGCAAAAUUUUGUAUCUCAUUAGCAGUUAGACAACAUUUCUUAGUUGUUUAGCAUUAUAUUUCUCCUUUUAAUAUGGGGAAGUUGGAGAUUCACAAUCAUCAUUCUGAUUCUCCAAAAUGAUCACAUCUGGAGGACUACUAUCCUUGGUUUUGAAUCACAAAUUCCCAAAAAAGAAAAGCAAAACAUAUGGAACUUGGUGAUUAAUGUUUUGAGACAGCAAAUGGUUGAAAAGAUUCUAUUGUUCUUCAACCCCUUUGGACUCCGAGUGAACAAACAAUAACUCAAAAGUAAACUAGCAGGUACAAGAUAAAAAGUAUACACAACAACCAAACUGAAACACUAACAAUCCUCUGAAAUUGAACACAAAUUCACACCUUUAUCUUGCUAGAGUUGAAGACUCAAAAAAGCAACUUCUUUAAUUCGAGAUUAACAGAAAUGGCUGUGGUGGUGGUGAUGAUGGUGUCUGUGUUCAUCCCAUCCAAGACACUGCAGAAAAGGAUAACAGGCCAUAAAGAUACACCUGCUAAACAUAGAGAAAACAGAGGAGAG